GCUGUUCCUUCCCAGACUCCAGGACCGGCUGCGGCGGCUGUAGCGGCGCAGGGGCCUCCCCGCGUCCUGGAGCUUUCUCAUACAACCUUUUGACACCUAAGGCAGAGUGUGUUGAGUGCGAGGCACUGAAAUGACCUGGAUGGUCUUUCAUCCUAGAACAGUACCGUUACGUGGAUGAUGAUGGUUGCGUUUUACGGAAAACACUGAGUGUUUUAACUCAAAUGGGUGAUGAAAAGGACUCUUGGAAAGUGAAAACGUUAGAUGAAAUUCUCCAGGAAAAGAAACGAAGGAAAGAACAAGAGGAGAAAGCAGAGAUAAAACGCUUAAAAAAUGUAAGCUAUGUUUUUUAAGUAAGUGGUUUUCUUAAAGAAGAUUUAAUUUCUUUGCCCUCAUUUUUCCAUUAGAACAACGCUUCUUCGGUGAAGUUCUUUUGUACUUCCAAAUGUCACAGUCUGAUGACCGCGAUUCCAAAAGGGAUUCCCUUGAGGAGGGGGAGCUGAGAGAUCACCGAAUGGAGAUCACAAUCAGGAACUCACCAUAUAGAAGAGAGGAUUCUAUGGAAGACAGAGGAGAGGAGGAUGAUUCUCUGGCCAUCAAACCACCCCAGCAAAUGUCUCGGAAAGAAAAGGCUCAUCACAGAAAAGACGAGAAAAGAAAAGAGAAACGUCGACAUCGUAGCCAUUCAGCAGAGGGAGGGAAACAUGCCAGAGUGAAAGAGAAAGAAAGGGAGCACGAACGCCGGAAACGCCACCGAGAAGAACAAGAUAAAGCUCGAAGGGAGUGGGAAAGACAGAAGAGGAGGGAAAUGGCGAGAGAACAUUCCAGAAGAGAGAGGGACCGCCUGGAGCAGUUAGAAAGGAAGAGGGAGCGGGAGCGCAAGCUGAGGGAGCAGCAGAAGGAGCAGCGGGAGCAGAAGGAGCGGGAACGGAGGGCAGAGGAGCGCCGCAAAGAGAGAGAAGCGCGUAGGGAAGUCUCUGCACAUCACCGUACCAUGAGGGAGGAGUACAGUGAUAAGGGGAAGGUUGGCCACUGGAGCCGCAGCCCUCUGAGGCCACCAAGAGAGCGCUUUGAGAUGGGAGACAACCGGAAGCCAGGAAGAGGCCUCAUCAGGUAAAAGCUCUUGCUGAAUGGGAUCCACAUGACGGAAGGAGAAAACUCCUUGCACAGGUUGUCCUCUGACCUCCACACAUGCUCCUAAUGAGUAAAAGAAGAGAAGGUGGAAGAGAGAGACUUGUUGUCAGACCUCCAAGACAUCAGUGACAGCGAGAGGAAAACCAGCUCAGCUGAGUCUUCAUCAGCAGAAUCAGGCUCAGGUUCUGAAGAGGAGGAGGAGGAAGAAGAAGAGGAAGAAGAAGAAGAAGGGAGCACCAGUGAAGAAUCAGAGGAAGAAGAGGAAGAAGAAGAGGAGGAGGAAGAAGAGGAGACUGGGAGCAACUCUGAGGAGGCCUCUGAACAGUCCGCAGAAGAAGUCAGUGAUGAGGAAAUGAGUGAAGAUGAAGACAGAGAAAACGAGAACCACAUCUUGGUUGUUCCAGAGUCACGAUUUGACCGAGAUUCUGGGGACAGUGAAGAAGGGGAGGAAGAAGUUGGUGAAGGGACUCCACAGAGCAGUGCCCCCACCGAAGGAGACUAUGUUCCUGACUCUCCAGCACUGUCACCUAUUGAGCUAAAACAAGAACUGCCCAAAUACCUGCCAGCCCUGCAGGGAUGCAGGAGUGUAGAGGAGUUUCAGUGUCUGAACAGGAUUGAAGAAGGCACCUAUGGGGUGGUCUACAGAGCAAAGGACAAGAAAACAGAUGAAAUUGUGGCUCUGAAGCGGUUAAAGAUGGAGAAGGAGAAGGAAGGCUUCCCAAUCACGUCGCUGAGGGAAAUCAACACCAUCCUCAAGGCCCAGCACCCCAACAUCGUCACCGUCAGGGAAAUUGUUGUGGGAAGUAACAUGGACAAGAUCUACAUUGUGAUGAACUACGUGGAACAUGACCUCAAGAGCCUAAUGGAGACCAUGAAGCAGCCCUUCCUGCCAGGGGAGGUGAAGACCCUGAUGAUUCAGCUGCUGAGUGGGGUAAAGCACCUCCAUGACAAUUGGAUCCUACACCGUGACCUGAAGACCUCUAACCUCCUGCUGAGCCAUGCUGGCAUUCUCAAGGUGGGCGACUUUGGGCUGGCUCGGGAGUAUGGUUCACCCCUAAAGGCCUACACUCCAGUUGUUGUAACCCUGUGGUAUCGUGCCCCAGAACUACUGCUUGGUGCUAAGGAAUACUCCACAGCUGUGGACAUGUGGUCGGUAGGCUGCAUAUUUGGAGAACUGCUGACACAGAAACCUCUGUUCCCUGGGAAGUCAGAUAUUGAUCAGAUUAACAAGAUUUUCAAGGACCUGGGUACUCCUAGUGAGAAAAUCUGGCCUGGCUAUAAUGACCUCCCAGCCGUCAAGAAGAUGACCUUCAGCGAGUAUCCCUAUAACAACCUCCGCAAGAGAUUUGGGGCUUUGUUAUCAGAUCAAGGCUUUGAUCUCAUGAACAAGUUCCUGACAUACUACCCUGGCAGGAGGAUCAACGCAGAAGAUGGCCUCAAGCACGAAUAUUUCCGAGAGACUCCCCUCCCCAUCGACCCAUCCAUGUUCCCCACGUGGCCUGCCAAGAGUGAGCAGCAGAGAGUGAAGCGAGGCACGAGUCCACGGCCUCCUGAGGGCGGCCUGGGCUACAGCCAGCUGGGUGAUGAUGACCUGAAGGAGACGGGCUUCCACCUCACCACCACCAACCAGGGAGCCUCAGCUGCAGGCCCUGGCUUCAGCCUCAAGUUCUGAGGUCGGCUUGAUGGACGUGGCCCGACUAGGUGGUGACAGCCAGACCUGCUGAUGCUGAAUCAGGGCAGCUUGGUUGUUUUUUCCACGUUGUUUGUUUUGGGGCAGGUUGUAAAUUUGUAGAAUUAAAUGAAAUUUUCCUUUUGGAGGGAAA